AUUUUUUUUUGUUAUUUAGGUAAAAGUAAGGAGGCCGAAAUAAAGAGGAUAAAUAAGGAAUUAGCAAAUAUAAGAAGUAAAUUUAAAGGAGACAAAACUGUCGAUGGAUACCAAAAGAAAAAAUACGUCUGCAAAUUAUUGUUUAUAUUUUUACUUGGUCAUGAUAUCGAUUUCGGACAUAUGGAAGCUGUUAAUUUAUUAUCAUCGAAUAAAUACUCCGAAAAACAAAUUGGGUACCUAUUCAUCUCAGUGCUGGUUAAUACCAACAGUGAUCUCAUAAAAUUAAUAAUACAAAGCAUAAAAAAUGACUUGGGAUCUCGUAACCCAAUCCACGUUAAUCUGGCGCUCCAAUGUAUCGCGAACAUCGGUAGUAAAGAAAUGGCAGAGGCCUUUGGAAAUGAAAUCCCCAAGUUACUUGUUUCUGGGGACACGAUGGAUGUAGUGAAGCAGAGUGCAGCGCUAUGCCUGCUGCGACUUUUACGAACAGCCCCGGAAGUAGUUCCCGGAGGAGAAUGGACAUCUCGGAUCGUCCACCUUCUAAACGACCAGCACCUCGGAGUAGUAACAGCAGCCGCUUCCUUGAUCGACGCUCUGGUAAAACGUAACCCGGAGGAGUACAAAGGGUGCGUUAGCCUUGCAGUGUCGCGUCUCAGCAGAAUAGUAACCGCCAAUUACACCGAUCUUCAAGAUUACACUUACUACUUCGUCCCCGCGCCCUGGCUGUCUGUAAAACUGCUUCGUCUUCUCCAGAAUUACACCCCGCCGGCUGAAGACCCGGGAGUGCGUGGUCGCUUGAACGAGUGUCUAGAAACGAUUCUCAACAAAGCACAAGAGCCUCCAAAGUCUAAAAAAGUCCAGCACUCAAAUGCCAAAAACGCAGUACUCUUUGAAGCAAUAAGUUUAAUUAUCCACAACGACAGCGAGCCGAAUUUACUGGUACGAGCUUGCAAUCAGCUUGGACAAUUUCUAUCAAACCGCGAGACCAAUUUGCGGUACCUCGCUCUAGAGUCAAUGUGUCAUUUAGCGACGUCUGAAUUUUCCCAUGAAGCUGUAAAGAAACAUCAGGAAGUCGUUAUACUGUCUAUGAAGAUGGAAAAAGACGUCUCGGUGCGUCAGCAAGCUGUUGAUUUACUUUACGCGAUGUGCGAUAAAAGCAACGCUGAAGAAAUAGUCCAAGAGAUGCUUAAUUAUCUUGAAACAGCUGAUUAUUCAAUUCGCGAAGAAAUGGUUUUAAAAGUCGCGAUACUCGCGGAAAAAUACGCGACUGACUACACGUGGUACGUCGACGUUAUUUUAAAUUUGAUAAGGAUAGCUGGGGAUUAUGUUUCUGAAGAAGUUUGGUACCGAGUAAUACAAAUAGUUAUUAAUCGCGACGAUGUCCAAGGCUACGCUGCUAAAACUGUAUUCGAAGCACUGCAAGCUCCGGCUUGUCAUGAAAAUAUGGUUAAAGUUGGUGGUUAUAUUCUCGGUGAAUUCGGUAAUUUAAUUGCUGGAGACGCUCGCUCGUCACCGGCAGUACAAUUCCAGUUAUUACAUUCCAAAUAUCAUUUGUGUUCACCGAUGACGCGCGCACUGCUACUGUCGACUUAUAUUAAGUUUGUUAAUUUAUUUCCUGAGAUACGUACACAAAUUCAAGAUGUCUUCAGGACACACAGUAACUUGCGCAGUGCUGACGCUGAAUUACAGCAACGCGCUUCUGAGUAUUUGCAGUUGAGUAUUAUCGCAUCUACAGACGUAUUAGCGACUGUGCUUGAAGAAAUGCCGGCAUUCCCCGAGCGUGAAAGCUCCAUUCUGGCUGUGCUUAAGAAAAAGAAACCUGGACGGAUACCGGAGAAUGAAAUCAGAGAGAAUAAAAGCCCGGCUCCGAGCGCUAAUCAUGAAACUGCUACUGCGAUUUCUGCUACCAUUGGUACCGCUGCAGCUGCUAGUGUCAACAGUUCUUCUGCUGACUUACUGGGACUGUCUACUCCGCCUUCUUCUCAACCUACUAGUAAUACUGGAAUGCUGCUGGAUGUUCUAGGGGAUAUUUAUAAUGCGCCUAGUAAAGUUACCGCUACCAAUGGCGCGCAAAACUCUUACAAUCCUAAGAAAUUCGUUUGUAGAAACAACGGGGUGCUGUUUGAAAAUGAUCUGAUCCAAAUAGGCGUUAAAUCGGAAUUCCGACAGAAUCUCGCACGUGUUGGGUUAUUUUAUGGCAACAAGACCCAAUUUGCUCUUAAUAAUUUCCAGCCGCAAUUGUCUUGGUCUGAUGAAAAUCAAGCUAAAUUGGCAGUUCAAAUAAAACCUGUUGAUCCGGUACUUGAAGCUGGUGCACAAAUUCAACAAAUGAUUAAUGCUGAGUGUAUUGAUGAUUAUAACGAUGCACCCAGUAUGAUAAUAUCAUUUAUGUACAAUAAUAUGCCACAAAAGAUAACAAUGAAAUUACCAUUGACGAUAAACAAAUUCUUUGAGCCAACGGAAAUGAACGGAGAGUCAUUUUUUGCGAGAUGGAAAAACCUUGGCGGCGCAAAUCAACAACGUUCCCAAAAAAUUUUCAAAGCCCAACAGCCAAUGGACUUGGCCCAAGUCCGUACAAAAUUACAAGGCUUUGGUAUGCAGUUACUUGACAAUAUUGAUCCUAAUCCCGAUAACUUUGUCUGCGCUGGUAUUGUUCACAUGCGAGCACAACAAGUUGGUUGUUUGCUACGCUUAGAACCUAACAAACAAGCCCAGAUGUUCCGGUUGACUGUACGCUCGAGUAAAGAAUCAAUGUCGAUAGAAAUAUGUGACCUGCUGGUAGAUCAAUUUUAA